AUGAGGAAUCCUAAGAGGGUUGAGGAAAACUUUUUCCUUACCCACAGUCGAAUUACUCCUAAAACAGCUAAGUUUGUGUAUGUUGUCCAGAAAGCCCAUGAACUAAAAUUUUCUCCACCUGGAAUAGCUCCUCCAGUAUUCCAAGGAAUUGAAAGGCUUUCCUGUAAAGACCUCUUCAUGCCUCCACGGGGAGCAAAGAAAUUAGCUGAGUUGAGAGUCAGCAUGGUGGCCAAGGCAUCAGCUAUAUCUGCAUACUCCUGUGCAAAGGAGAGAGUGAAGGAAGAGAAAGCCAGGCAAAGCUGCCCUGUCUCCCAGCAGUCAGAGUCAGAAAGCCAAUCAGACAGAGGCCUAGAUGUAAAGUUCAGUACUGAGGAUCUUAAAGCACAGUCCAAGCAGACUGGGAUGCUGGGAUGGUGUUUGAAACUACCAAGACAGGCCUGGAACUUCCUUCCAGCCAUGAAGCUGGAGGGAGAAGACUUCUUCUACCAUAGCAACUGCAAAAAGCCAGGCAUCACAGAACUUGUGAACAUGAAGGAGGCUUACCCAGACCACACACAUUUUGAGAAAAACAAUCCCCAUUAUGACCCAUACAGCAAAGAAGACAAUCCCAAAUGGUCCUUGGUAGAUGUACAGUUUGUUCCAAUGAUGAAGCAUUUCAUUACCCUGGCUGAGCUCAAAACUCAUCACCAAGCCCUUAAAAAAUAUGGCUCUCUUAGAGAGGCUAUGGCUCUCUUUACUCGCCAGAGACUCUCAAUUCAUCCCCUGACUCUAGAGGAGUUUGAUUUUAUUUUGAACCUGGAGAAAAAGGAACCAAGUUAA